UUUCUCAUUUUUUUUCUGUUAUUUAAUUCUUUUUAAUUAAUUGCCAAAUAUAAUAAAUUAAUUGCUAUAUGUGGAUUUGGUGUAAUGUAGUAAAUAGGUGUAUGUAUUUGACAGUCUGUUAAUGGGGACCGGUUUAGUAAAGCUCCAAAAAUUGUCAAAUUAAAAAUUAAAAUUAGACAACCACUCUUUUUGUCUUGCUUGUUUGACUCCAAUUAUUUAUUAUUAGUAUAUUCAAACAGGUAAUGGGUGAUGAUAUAUAAUAUGGGAUUAUAUGGGCUUAUGUAUUUGCUCACUCUUUUGUGUUUUUUGAUUUUUUCUGUUACUUUUCCUGUUUUAUUAUAUAAAAAAUGAUAUUUUGUUUGGGACAAAGAGCUCUGAUCCAAAAGUGUCGGUGAAUUAAGCACUAACCUAUGAUUAGUUUGCUUAUGUGUAAUGAUUGUGGCUGUUAAGGUUCGCAUGGCCCUUAUGUUACACCAAAAUUCUUAUUUAUUUUUAAACAAAUAACAACCCAUAAUGUGCAUUCAACUGUAACAGAAAAGAACAUUAAGUGAGGAAGAAAUAAAGGGAGAUAGAUAGAGCUUGAGGAAAAAGCAAAGAUUUUUAUAUUUUGUAUGGUUUGUGUCAGCGUACAUUUGAUUUCUUUGUAUGAAUUUCCAAUCUUGUUGGAACAGACGGUGAGAGAGAGGAGACAUGGGUGCAGCUGAUGAGGAGGAGCUCACACAAGGGCCUAGCGGUGGUAGGGGUGGUGGUGAUGAGAAAAUUCUUGUGUCUGUCAGAUUGCGGCCUUUGAAUGAGAAAGAAAUUACCAGAAAUGAUGUGUCGGAUUGGGAAUGUAUUAAUGAUGACACUGUCAUUUAUAGGAACAAUCUUUCUGUUUCCGAGAGGUCUAUGUAUCCAACUGCCUAUGUUUUUGACAAAGUAUUCAGACCUGAUUGCGCCACGAGCCAGGUGUAUGAGGAAGGGGCCAAGGAGGUUGCACUUUCAGUUGUCACUGGUAUAAAUUCAAGUAUAUUUGCAUACGGGCAAACAAGCAGUGGAAAAACCUACACCAUGAGUGGUAUUACCGAGUAUACUGUAGCAGACAUAUAUGACUACAUGAACAAGCACAAGGCAAGAGAAUAUGUUUUGAAGUUCUCUGCCAUGGAAAUUUACAAUGAAUCUGUCCGAGACCUUCUUAGUACGGAUACGGCUCCUCUUCGGCUCCUUGACGAUCCUGAGAGAGGGACUGUUGUUGAGAGACUUACAGAGGAAACUGUAAGGAACUGGAAUCAUUUUAAAGAGCUUCUAUCUGUCUGUGAAGCUCAGAGACAAAUAGGGGAGACUUCCAUGAAUGAGGCAAGCUCAAGAUCUCAUCAGAUUCUGAGACUGACAAUUGAAAGUUCUGCUCGUGAGUUUCUAGGAAAUGACAAGUCAAGUGCCCUAUCAGCGACUGUGAAUUUUAUUGAUCUAGCAGGAAGUGAGCGGGCAUCUCAAGCUUCAUCAGCUGGAAUGAGGCUGAAAGAAGGGUGCCACAUAAAUCGAAGUUUACUGACACUUGGAACUGUCAUCCGUAAGCUAAGCAAAGGAAGAAAUGGGCAUAUUCCUUUUAGAGAUUCGAAGCUGACACGCAUACUGCAGUCCUCGUUAGGAGGCAAUGCUAGGACUGCUAUCAUCUGUACUAUAAGCCCUGCACGAAGCCAUGUUGAGCAAUCUAGAAACACCCUCUUGUUUGCAAGUUGUGCGAAGGAAGUGGCAACAAAUGCACGUGUCAAUGUAGUUGUUUCUGAUAAAGCAUUGGUUAAGCAACUGCAAAGAGAGUUGGCUAGAAUGGAGGGUGAAUUGAGAAGUGCAGGGUCAUAUCAGACUGUUACGUCAGAUUCUACAGCAAUCCUGAGAGAGAAAGACCUUCAAAUUGAAAAGCUAACAAAAGAGGUUGUCGAGCUGAAUCGGCAACUAGAACUUGCUCGUUGUCAGGUUGAGAAUCUAUUAAGAAUGGCUGAAGAUGAUGGAUCGUCGAUAGUAUCGGGAGAUCCAGAUCAUCUCUACCCUAAAUUGCGAGUGCGGAGUUCAUUCAGAUCUGAAAACUCAGUUGCAUAUUCACCUGCCUCAGAAGAUCCACGAUUCCUGGAUAUUGGCAUCAGGUCUUUUGAUGCAUCUCAGUGCUCUGCUGGGGAUGCUAGUAGCACUUCUGAUGAGAACUUUAUUAACCUCACAGAUUUUGAAGAGAAUUUUGUUCAAACAGAUUCCUCCUUGGAACUGUCAAUUUGUAAUCCUAAUCCUGUUGAAGAUGAUCGCCAUUUAAAGAACAGUGAGAAUGAGAGUCAUGAAACUUUAAGCAAUAUUUGCAAGGAAGUUCAAUGCAUUACAGAUGAAGAGUCAACUGCAAAUAGAUAUCCAGAUUCACAAAUGUUCGAGGCUAGUCCACACAGAUAUGAAGGCUCUAACUCAUCAUCUCCUAAUAUAACCACAGGCACCUCAGGAGUGACAAUUUGUAAGGAAGUUCUAUGCACUACAAAUGAAGAGUCAACUGCAAAUGGAUAUUCAGGCUCAAAAAUGUUUGAGGUUAGUCCACACAGAUAUGAAGACUCUAACGCAUCAUCUCCUAAUAUAACCACAGGCACCUCAGGAGUGACAAUUUGUAAGGAAGUUCUAUGCACUACAGAUGAAGAGUCAACUGCAAAUGGAUAUUCAGGCUCAAAAAUGUUCGAGGCUAGUCCACACAGAUUUGAAGACUCUAACACAUCAUCUCCUAAUGUAACCACAGGCACCUCAGGAGUGACAGAGGUUGAAAAUGAAGAUAGAGAAAUUCAAGAACUAGGAUCAUCUCCAUUGAAAGAGCAGGAAGAAUUGAGUUGCUUGAGUUCUGAUUUUAUAAUACAACCUCCUGAAGAACAAUCUCCUGACGAACAAUCUCCUGAAGAACAAUCUCCAUGGCUGCUAGAAGAAGGGAUACCUAGGGAUAGAAGCUUGAAGAUUGUCAGGAGUAAAAGUUGUGGGGCAAGACUUACUGAUAUGCCUGCAUGUUUAUUUGAGAAGGUAGAAAAAAUGGUGAGCGCAACACCAAUGGUGUUUGCGAAAGAUUUCACCAAGAGAACUGAAGCAUCUCAAAUGAAUAUAAUUGAAACAAAGCAUGUUCUUGAUGUUACAAAGCUAUCACGAGAUGUCUCCUUAACUUUUGCUGGUAGCGCUGCUGUUGAUGAUUAUCAGUUGCAGAGCAUUGAAGCUACCAUUGGUUGGCAAAGUGCUGCCAGUGUUAGUAACUCAGAUAUGGGAAUGAAGGACUUGGUUGCUCAUUUGGAACUAGAGACAAAUUCACUUGCCAAUGAACCUACUAAGAAUGUAAAGGAUAUUGGAUUGGAUCCUAUUCAAGAUGAUUUAGAUAACGCUCCAAAGUGGCCUUCGGAAUUUAAGAAGCUUCAAGGGGAUAUCAUUGAACUUUGGCAUGCUUGCAGUGUCUCACUGAUUCACAGGACCUACUUCUUCCUUCUGUUUAAGGGUGAUCCAACCGAUUCUUUCUACAUGGAAGUUGAGAUUAGGAGGUUGUCCUUUCUCAAGGACACUUUUGCCAACGGAAAAGAAACUAUGGUGGAUGGAAGAGCUCUAAGUCUCGCUUCAAGCAAGAGGGACUUAUAUGAUGAGAGGCAGAUGCUGUGUAGGGAAAUGCAGAAGAGACUGACUAGAGAAGAGAGAGAGAAUGUUUUCCUGAAAUGGGGCAUUUCGUUGACUGCGAGUAACAGAAGAAUGCAGUUGGUCCAUCGCUUAUGGACUAAGACAACCGACAUGGAUCAUAUCUUAGAAAGCGCCACUCUUGUCGCCAAGUUGAUUGGUUUUGAAGGGCAGGAGCAAAAUCUAAAACAGAUGUUUGGUCUUCUCAAUUUUACACCGCGACGUCCAAGUAGGAGGAGAUCUUCUAUCUGGAAGCGCAGUGUGAUGUUUCUUUUGUAAUAACCUAGCGGAAAAUGUUUGUGGCUAAUUGAGGAUUCUGACGGUACAAAUACAGGUAGAUUCUUCUUGUUCACCUUAAAAACAGAUACUAUUUGCAUUUUCUGAUUCUGACUGCAAUUGGUUGUAAGAGAGCUUGUAAAUCUGUUUGUGCUAGAAAUGUUGUAUACUUUUUUCCUGUUCUAUGAGGCUAAUGUUUCCACUUGUAAGAAAUUUUGUCAUUUUUCUUUUAAAGAUGUAACAACAAUACAGAUUUAUAUAUACAUUAGAUUGAGAGUGUCAAACAAA